AUGAGGACCCUCCAGGGGACAGCUGAGCACCUCGUCAGGACAGGGUGGAGAUUCUGGCACUUGGGGCUCUGCAAGGCCCUUGUCCCACUGCAGGCUGCCUGGGUUGCCUUCUCUCAGCCUGUUCCAGCCAGCUGUGGCCAGCUGUUGAUCCAGGUCCUCCUGUGUGGUUCCCUAGCUGUUGCUGCUGCAGGUCUGGCCCACCACUGGCUGGUGUCCUCGCUGCUUUAUCCCCUGGGGACCUCGGCCAUGGUGGCCACUCUCUGUGGCCUCCUGGUCUUCCUGGGCCUCGGCCUGGUGCCUCCAGCUCGCUGCCUAUUUGCACUCAGUGUGCCCACCCUGGGCACAGGGCAGGGCCGCCGCUUGCUUUUAUCCUGGAGUACUGCCACCUUGGCUGUCACUGUGGUGCCCAAUGUCUUGGCCAAUGUGGGUGCAGCUGGACAGGUGCUGAGGUGUGUCACUGAGGGCUCCCUGGAGAGUCUUCUCAACACCACGCACCAGCUACACACAGCGUCCAGGGCUCUGAGUCCCACUGAUCGGGGCCUGACACUCCAGGCCCAGGGCAAUGGCUCUGUCUUCCGGCUUCACAUGCUCAAGGUCACUCAGCAGGUCCUGGAGGACUUUUCUGGCCUGGAGUCCCUGGCCCGGGCAGCAGCACUGGGGGCCCAGCAAGUGGUAACAGGGCUCUUUAUGCUGGGCCUCCUGGUAAACUCAGCCCGGUAUCUUCAUUGCUACCUGUCCAACCUGCAGUUUGAUAAUGUCUACGCUACGCGCCAGUUGGUUCAGCAGCUGGAGGAGGCCCGGACCACACACCUGCUGGCCUCCCCACCAGCCUGGCUGCUCUGGGCAGCUAGGCCAAGGCUGUCCCAGGGGGAGCUGCUGAGCUGUGUACUCUGGCUGGGGCUGCUCACCCUGCUCCUUAUGGCCACCGCUGUGACAGUGGCCACAGACCACAUGGCCUUCCUCCUGGCACAGGCUGCAGUGGACUGGGCUCAGAAGCUGCCUGUUGUGCCCAUUACGCUCGUGGUCAAGUAUGAUGUUUCCUACACUGUCCUGGACUUCGUCCCCUUCCUCUUCAACCAGCCGCCUCUGGAGAAAGCCUCCCACUCUUCCCACACCUCCUUCCAGUGGGAGCUCCGCUUCACGUCCCCUGGCUGCCCACUGCUGCCUGCCCAGCGCCCCCACACGGCCGCCGCCCUGGCUGCAGGGAUCCUGCAACUUGUGGCUUGUUCCACGGUCCUCCUGGAGACCUACGCCUGCCGACUGCGGCAUCUCAUCGCCGCUUCCUUCUUCACGGCCCAGGAGACCAGGAGGGUCCACCACCUUCAUGCCCGGCUCCAGCAGAGAUACGACAGGAACCGAAGCCAGCAGCUGCCCCUGCAGCCUCCUUCCUGA